CUUGGCACUGACGUGGCCGCCGGGAGCCGCCAUCUUGUGCGCAGUGAGGGAGGCGGAAGGCGAAGGCCAGAAGCAGGUGAGGCACCCGGCGCGCCCGGAAAGGACGACGACGACGGAGACCUUCGCAGCCAGGCACCCCGCGACGUCGCCCGAUUUUCUUGGCCAGUGGGUGAACGACAUCCUCAAACAUGGGAAAUAUUUUUGCCAACCUUUUCAAAGGCCUCUUCGGCAAAAAAGAAAUGCGUAUACUUAUGGUCGGACUGGAUGCCGCAGGAAAAACUACUAUAUUGUACAAGCUUAAACUCGGUGAAAUAGUAACAACCAUCCCUACUAUAGGUUUUAAUGUAGAAACGGUAGAAUACAAGAAUAUUAGCUUCACGGUGUGGGAUGUCGGUGGACAGGAUAAGAUCAGACCACUCUGGCGCCAUUAUUUCCAAAACACACAAGGCUUGAUCUUUGUGGUCGAUAGCAACGACAGAGAGCGAGUCAAUGAAGCCAGAGAAGAGCUUAUGAGAAUGUUGGCAGAAGACGAGCUCAGAGACGCUGUCCUUUUAGUGUUCGCUAACAAACAGGACCUGCCGAAUGCCAUGAAUGCUGCGGAAAUCACAGACAAACUGGGGUUGCAUUCUCUCCGCCACAGAAACUGGUACAUCCAGGCCACCUGCGCCACCAGUGGGGACGGCCUCUAUGAAGGACUGGACUGGUUGUCCAAUCAGCUCCGAAACCAGAAAUGAAGCCCUGAAUUAUUCCUCUCUUCUCCACCCCUCUCCACCCCUCCUCUUCCUCUCCCUCCUCCUCCUCCUCCUCCUCGCUUUACUCUAAUGUGGCAACCAUGCUACUCUGUAGUAUUGAGUGCCGGAAACUGUUUUCAUCAUCUCUUCUCGUCCACAGGAUUUGUCCUUCACCACCACCACCACCACCACGCUGUACAUGUGGCAAAACCACUCCAGGAAAGAAAAAAAAAACAGUUUUAACUUUUUAUUUUCUUAUUUAAUGUAAAUAGUUCUUGUUUUUCCCACAAGGCAGUUUCUGGUACUCCUAUGCAAUGUUAUUCGGCUCUUUUUAAAAUGAUAAAAAGGUUUGGUUGUUUUUUUUAACCACCACCCACCCAAUAACUUGUGAGUGAAUUCAGGAAAAAAAAAAAGGUUGCCAGGAAUCUGGUUUUAUUUGUGUCGUGUGUGUGCGUGUGUGGGGGCUAGAUCCAAACGCGAUCCCUCUCGGCUUGUGGAUCUGGGCUGAGGCCUGAUUUCCACAGCUCUGUUGUUAAGCCUGGGUAUGAGCUCCUUUUCGGAAGACGGGGCUGGUGGGAAGGAGGGCGGAAAGGCCGGAACCCAGGACCCUUUGCGCGAUUUCUGCAACUGAGACGUGAAGAAUUGCCGGCAAGUUUCCCUUGUCCUGGAUCAUAAAAUACCCUCUGUCUUCUUUCAGCGCUUGGCCUUUUCGCGACUGCAGGCGGAUGGGAGACUUUGCCCAGAAUUAAAGCGAAGUCAGUGGAGGUUGCAGAUUAAUGAGAAAUUGGGACACCCCCGCCCCUCCCCCCAGCCCCUGUACUCUUUUUAACUGCCCCUUAGAUUUGGAUUUUUAAAAAAAUCACUUUUUACCCUCCAACCCAUGAGUGCCACCAUCUUCCUCUUCCCCUCUGUCGCUGGGCAGCCUGUCUCCUUCAAAAGGGGAAAAAAGAAAAAAUCCUCUUAAUUUCUCCAGCCUAGAAUGAAUUUUCCAAAGACGGUCCUCUUGCACGAACGUCACAGCUGCAGCCACAAGUACUGUAACUUAAAUAAGAAAUGUCACACAAGCUUUCCGUUGUCGCAUCCGGGAAAAGGGGGCGGGGCGGGAAUACCAAAAACACGGGAGGGUUUGGUGAUCGGACGCCUUCCAUUCUUAGAGACGUGUCUAGAUUCCAUUUUUUGGAACGCGAGAAGCGCCCUCUUUGCAUCCCUUCCUACUGCGAGGUUUGAGAUUUGCCAUCCCAGAUUUUAACUUUUUGUUUUUUCUUUUGUAUUUUGAUAAUUAAAAAAAAAAACACUGAAGAAGCUGGAGCUGUUGCAACUCAAGAAAAACACGAUGAGAACUGGUUUGUUUAGUGUUGUGGACAAGAAAAAAAACCCCUCUCCUUGUUUUCUUUCAAUACAGUAAUCGACUGUUUUGUAUACUUGUUUUCAGUUAUCAUUUCAACAAACGAGCACUGUAAUUAAAGCUAUUACAAUAAAAAUCUCUUAACUAU